AAAGAAAAAGAAAAACAAAGAACUGUUUGGUUAAUGCCAUUUUCGCAAGGAGUCUCUCUCUCUCGAUUCGGUCUCCCAAACAGAUAAUCCACUGCGCCUUUUGUCCAAAUCCAUCACCAACCCACGUCGGUUCUUCGCAAAUCUCCCCUACCCAUCUCUCAAUCUCACCCCAUAUCCCAAUCUAUGCUUCGCAGAUUCACAGGUAAAUUCUGGGGGAUGGACGUAAAUUUCACGUGGUUUGGAGUGUUGCUAACAUGCACCAUACAGGUACGUAUGUAAAGCUUUGGACGAGGGUUGAGAGGUGUGAGAGAGAGAAAGAGAGAGAAAGAGAGUAUCGGGGAGAUGUCGAAUCAGGUGGUGAAAGUGAGGAGAGAGACGAUUGGGUCAUGCAUGACUUGUCCGCUUUGCCACAAGCUCUUCAGAGAAGCCACGACCAUAUCUGAAUGUCUUCAUACUUUUUGUAGAAAAUGCAUAUAUAAGAAGCUUUUAGACGAGGAAUCGGAAUGUUGUCCAAUAUGCAACAUCAAUUUGGGUUGUGUGCCGUUGGAGAAGCUGAGGCCAGACCACAACUUGCAAGAUGUGAGAAUCAAUAUCUUCCCUUUCAAAAGAAGAAAGGUGAAGGCACCAGAAGUUGCAGCUUCUGUUACAUUACCAGUGAGAAGAAAGGAGAGAUCACUGUCAUCAUUGGUGGUCAGUACUCCCAGAGUAUCAACACAGACUGCCAUGACAGGAAGAAGGUCAAAAGCUAUUGCAAGAAAGGCAUCUUCUGUACGAAGUUCCAGUUUUCCCACUGAAAAGCCUGUUAAGAAAGAGGAAGAUUCUGUGGAAGAUCAUCCAGAGAGCUUGAGCUCACCCGAGACUUUGACCAAAUUAACUCAGAAUAUAAGGCAGAAUUCUUCUAAUGCUGAGACAUCUAGGCGCCUCGAACCUGAAAAAGUAACAGAAAAUGGUGCUGAAACAUGGGAAGGGAAAGUUGAUCUCUGGAAACCUUUAAAUUUUUUGGUGGAAGUUGCAAAUAGGAGUAAGUCUUCAAAGUAUACUUCACAAGGGUCUGUUGCUAAAUCAGAGCCUUUACAUGCUACUGACAUCGAAAGACAUAUUCGCAAAACCAAAGUUAAGGAACACAAAGCUAAAUCCAGAGUCAAAGACGAAAAGGAUAGCACCGAUCCUGUCUCUCUGGAUACCAUCAAACCUAAAAAGUUGCGUAGGAUUCGUACAAAAAAGGCAGCUGCUUUUGGGGAAUUUGGAGUUUCACCCCAAGCUGUGCUAGAUGCUGCUAGUGCAAAAUGCGAAAGAAGAAUUGGUCCAAUUUGGUUCUCACUUGUGGCUUCUGAAGAUCAGGAAGGACAUGCAGCACUGCCUCAGAUAUCUUCAAGUUACUUGAGAAUAAAGGAUGGGAAUGUACCUGUUUCUUUUAUCCAAAAGUACCUGAUGAGGAAACUAGAUCUUGCAAGCGAAGAUGAGGUUGAGAUCAAAUGUAUGGGUCAAUCAGUGCUCCCCACAUUGGAACUGAAUAAUUUGGUUGAUUUGUGGCUACAAAUUGAUUCAACAUCGCAAAGGAUUCCAGCAUCAAUUGGUUCCUCGGCAAAAGAUUUUGUGAUGGUGUUGGCUUAUGCUCGCAAAGUUCCACCUUCCUAGAACAUAUUUCCUCUGUUGUUUUAACCUCUGGAUUCCUCAACCACCUAUAUCCUUCGGAUUCCAAGCACGUACCUCGUGAGCAUGCAUUUCCAUUAUGCAGCUUUCUUACAACUGGUACAAUCAGUGUUGCGAGUUAUAGGAUGCUGUGGUGUCCAUACUUCUUAUUGCGGUGGACCGAGUUGGCAACUGAUUGGUUAUCUCAAUCUUUGUUGAGACGUCUAGCUUUGCUAUCCAUUGGUAUCUUUCAUUGUUCAAUGUUUGUGAAUUUUGACAAUGGUCACUUUUUAUCUGUCACCUUCUUCAACUUGUUUGUAAUUAACUAUGUAUUUUAGGAAUUUACUUCUAAAAUCCUGAUCUUAAUCAUACUCAACUGAGGGAAGUUUAUUGUUUUGUUGUUUA